UCUUGUUAUCACAGUUCUCUUGUCCCAAUAUAUCUACUGUACUGUUGAUGUUGGUAUGUUCUAGAUCGGACCCACGUGGUCAAUCGUUAUAACUGGGCGGUGAACAUGACCGCCAUGCAGUCGUCGACGUUCAGGACUGAUGAAGCGAGUCGGGCCGUGGACGGCAACAUCACUAACAACGUCCUGGGCCAAACGUGUUCCUCCACCAACGUGAACGACGCGAAGCCGUGGUGGAUGGUGGACCUGGGUCAGACUCUGUACGUGGAGGAGGUGGUCGUUGUGAACCGCGGGGACUGCUGUGGCAAUCGACUUCAUAAUUUUUCUAUAGAAGUUCUAGCCAACCAAUCGGACCCUUCUCCUAGUCUCUGCUACUACCAGGAGUCGCCAAUAGUGACCGGUUUUACCAAACGUUUCCCCUGUCCUCAAGACUUGUCGGGGCAGUACGUACGGAUCAGGAAACACGGAAUUAAUGAACCGAAAGAUAUUCUUACAUUGUGUGAGGUGGAAGUAUUCGGAUCGAGGAAGGCCUCUGGAGGAUGUCCCAGCGAUUUCUCUUUGAUCUAUAGCCGGUGCUACAGAUUUUCUCACUUCGAGGAGAAUUGGUUGGAUGCAAGGAGCCAUUGCAAGACCACUCCAGGGGCGGACCUGGCAGUGUUUUCCAGUAGGGGUGAAGAUGUCGCAGUGAGCAAGUAUCUCAUGGAUUCACAUCACGGAGACACUUUCUAUUUGGGAGUCAUCGACUACAACGUCCUGGAAGAGAAAACGUUCGUGUGUGAAACCAUGAAGAAGCUAACCUACACAAACUGGGCCCCGAUCGCCGAGAAGCCAAGAUGUCUGUCCAUAAACCGAGGAACCAACUUCACCUGGCACUCCAGCCCGUGUCACGAGAAACACUUCUUCAUCUGCGAAAUUUCUCCUCAGUAAGAUGAAGAACAAGAAGAAAAAAGCAGCAACAGAAAAGACAUUAGCAGGCGCUAUACUUCAUGACUGCACGACUGUAAUGUGGUGUCUAUAUAAAAUAACUGUAUUAUUAUGAUGCUUUGGUAUCAUCGUCAC